GGACAACAAUCACACGAGGGUUUUGUUCGUUGCCCUUGUGUGAUUUUUUUUUGGGAGGAAUCCUCACAACCAGAACAUGGCAGAGCGCCCGGAAGAUCUGAACCUCCCCAACACGGUUGUGGCCAGGAUUAUCAAAGAUGCUAUUCCUGAUGGUGUGAAUGUGUCAAAAGAAGCCAGAUUGGCCAUUUCUAAGGCAGCCAGCGUGUUUGUUCUCUAUGCUACCUCAUGCUCAAAUAACUUUGCUAUGAAGGCCAAGAGGAAAACAAUCAAUGCUCAGGACGUGCUAGCAGCCAUGGAAGAUAUGGAGUUUGACAAGUUUAUAGAGCCUCUCCAACAGUGUCUUGAUGGUUUCCGAAAAGAGCAGCAGGACAAGAAAGAGGCUGUUGAGAAACGCAAGAAAGCAAAGGAACAAAAUACAGCUGCAGAGGAGAAAGAGGAUGGUAUAGAAGUUGUGGAAAUAGAGGACAGCACAAGUAAGGAGGACGAGGAAGAAGAGAAUAGUGCAGUCGAUGAUGAUGACGACAGCAGUGUUCAAGUGAUUGAGGAUGACUGAAGGUGUUCAAGUCUGAAAGAAUCUUAACGUGUUCGCAGGAGAAGAUGUGUUAUGAAUGAUGAUAACUGAAUGAGCUGUUCUUCUGGACAGACUUGUAUGUUUUCACAGUAAAAGUUUGUGAUGCAGGAUGGUGACUGUAUGAGCUGUUCACAUUAUGGACGUGUGACUUGUUAUGUGGUCAAGUCUGAAAGACUUUUGAAAUUGGAAUGUUUUAUAAGGACGUCAUCCGGUGGUUUACUGCCUCCACCCUAAAAAUGAAAUCUAUCGCACAAGUGAAAAAUCAGUGACACUGGCAUUAAACAGCCAUCAAAUAAAAAUGAAAAAGAUACUGGUGAGAGUUCAAAUCCUGCUUCUGCUAGAUCACUAUGACUAAGGAAUGUUGGUUUUGUCCACCUGUAAACUUUAGACGUGUAAUUUAUGUGACACUCUUACCUUUUAUAUUUAUAAAUAUAAAGAAGCACAAUUUCAAAAUUGAUGCAGUAUCCUGCAAAACAGUCAAUGUAGCUUUACACUCGGGCUCUCUUGUUAAAUGAAUUAUCAUAGCAUGUCAAAAACUUGACCUACCAAGGGACAUAUAGCGAAUCUUUUAGCUACAACAACACUUUAAGAGGGAGAUAAAUUUUGUACAAAAACCUUUCUUGAGUCUGACACUCUCAUUUACACAGUCUUAUGAUUGCCGUUUAAAUUUUUUCUGGAGAAGUCAGAAAAAUAAGAAAUUCGAAUUUCAGGUGUGUUACAUUCGUUAAAACGUGUACAUACUAAUUGUAUAUAUCCUGUGAAUAGGAUGGUUUCAGAAGCUGGGUAUGAGAUAGGGUAGCACUACUGGCACUUUUAUACAAAGGGACAGACUCAGAAAAUGGCAGUCAUGUUAAUUACCCACAUGUAUGUACUUCUCCAUGAACUCCACUUUUACAAAACUUGGUAAACCUAUUUUCUUAUUUUGAAAAUACUGUAAUUCUUCAACCUUUUUGCAUGUAUGCAAUGUGUUUAUCGUGCAUAGUCUGAAGGCAUUAUUCUGUGUUCACUGAUACAAUUAUACUUUUGUGAAGCCCUGAAACUGGCCAAUGUAGUCUCUGAAAUCAAAUUAAAAAUGUGCAUAAAUUGCACAUGUAAGUUGGUCUUACAUAUGUGGAAAGGUUGAGGAAUUCAAAUAUGUUUUAAUAGGGUUCAGUUUGACAGACUGUGACUGUUUUGGCUGACCAUGGUAACUGUUUGUAAACCAGGUUGCUACAUGUAUGUGAAAUUGGGUCCAAGGUAGUUAAAGGAAAAGGCGUCUAAAAAUCGAAGUAGGCAUCCCUAACUAGAUCACUUAAAAUUGCGCACGAAUAUACUUUCACUUAUUUUGUUAGAUUUUUAUGAAGAGAGUUAAAGCAAAAGAAAGCUAAAAUAAAAAGUAAGGUUCAUCGUACAGACAACUGAAAACUAUGUGUAAAAAUACUUUCAUUCAUUUUUUCAGAUUUUGUCAAGAGUGUUCAAAUUCAAAAGGCAUUCUAAUAAUAUUAUAAUAUGAUGGUGGGCUUUAUGAGCCAUACUGACAGUGUCUAGGAACUCUGACGUCACAUCACCUUUCUUUCCUGAUGUUCCCCAGGAGGAAAUAAUUUUUGGGAACAUUAUUUCAGUGAUGUUUCACUCAUGGUAAAAAGAGUUAUUCCAACCUUUAGUGUAGUGAAUAGAGUUUAGAAAACUUUUUGUGACAUCAGAGUUCCUAAACCCUGAUAGUAUGGUCCAUAAAGCC